AUGGGCACCGCCGUACCUCCAUUCGAGGUCCUCACAGAUGCUCGUCCUCAUGACAACUCCCUCCCUGCCUUCUUGGUGUCCACCACCAGAGGCUUCCUCCCUCGUGCAGACCCUGUUGUCACUCUGCCCAAGGAGUUUGAUGCGCUAGAGUCUAUCCUCCAGCGUAUGCCCGUCAAGACUCUGUCUGGCGAGCCAGGUCUUCUCGCCCACAGCAAGCUUGGUGAAGAAGUUGACAACAGCUUCCCGGAUCUCACUGAUGCAAUGGAGCUGUAUAAAGGAAACCUCCCUUUGAUGAACGCCCUCUACCGGGACUACUCGUUCCUUGCCUCUGCGUAUCUCCUUGAGCCUUGCCACCAGCGAUUUCUCAAAGGCGAAGGCUAUGGCUUGGGACGCUCCACUCUUCCCAAGAACAUUUCUCGCCCCAUCGCUCGAUGUGCUGAGCUCACUGGCUUUAUGCCUUUUAUGGAGUAUGCUGGAUCUUAUGCGCUCUACAACUACCGUCUUGAAGAUCCUGCCAAGGGCUUGGAGUAUGACAACAUUCGUCUCAUCCGUGCCUUUGAGCAUGGCCUUGACCCAACUUCAUCCGAGGCCGGCUUCGUCCUUGUCCACAUUGACAUGGUCAGGAACUCGGGUCCCUUGGUUGCGGCCACUGUGCGUUGCCUUGAAGAGGUUUCCAAUGCCUCCACCAACCCCGAUCCCGUCGAGGGGCGUAGAUCCUUCAAUGAAGGCCUCUCUGAUAUCGUCACGGCGAUGAAGAAGAUCAACUCUGUCAUGGAGACCAUGUGGGGAAAGUCUCGUCCCAGAGACUACACCAGCUUCCGCACCUUUAUCUUCGGCAUCACCGGCCAAUCCAUGUUCCCCAACGGUGUCAUCUAUGAAGGCCUCUUUGACAACAAGCCCAUGUCGUUCCGGGGUGAGUCUGGUGCCAAUGACUCCAUGGUGCCCCUCAUGGACAACUUCCUUCAGCUUCCCCUACCCAACACCCCUCUGACGGCCAUCCUCACCGAUUUCCGUGAGUACCGUCCCAGCAACCACAAGACCUUUUUGCAAUACGUCAAGAGCCGCUCCCUAGAGCUGGAUCUCAAGGACUAUGCUCUUGGUAACAAAGUCGAGCCCACCUCGGACGAAGAGAAGGAUCUCCUCCGCCAGACUUGCAGUCUGUGGAUCCAAGUUCUCAAUGAGGUGCGAGACUUCCGCUGGCGCCACUGGUGCUUCGCCAGAGAGUACAUUCUGAAGCAGACCUCUCAUCCAACCGCCACCGGCGGCAGCCCCAUCGUCACUUGGCUUCCUAACCAGCUGGAGGCGGUGCUGGCGGAGAUGGUGAAUGUGCAUGAUAUGACCAAGGGCAAGCACCAGAAGGGCCUGGGCACUGUUGCUGAGGACAUCAUGGAGGCAGCGCUGCGGCAGAGAGACACCCUGCGGAAGGAGGUUGACAAAUUCUGCGCUGACCGCGGCGUCGCGAGGGAGAAUUGA